CCUCCCAGCCCGGAGGGAUGCCGCGAACCCGGAAGGGGCCGGGCGGGCGUCGGACGCGGAGUGGCGGUUUGCUGGCCUGGGUUUCCGUAGUAGCCCGCGGAGUUUGAGUGUGAGGAGGUCCGCGGCGCGGCGGCCCCCGGCUUCACAGGUUCUUCGCCCUCCUGCACCGACGGGGCCGCGCUUCUCGCCGCCGCAGAAGUCAGAUGCCAGGAGGAAUGGCGCCCCUCAAGAAACCCCGGAAUCCCACCAAAUUGCCCCUGGCUUUAAACCCCACGAAGAGCAAGGACGUUUUGGCAGUGCUGGCCGAGAGGAACCAGGCCAUAGUACCAAUUGGGGCAUGGGUGGAACCUGCCUCACCAAAUUGCUCGGAAAUCCCAGCACAUACUUCAGCAUACAUGAUUGAAGAGGAAAUAAAGGAACAACAACGAAGAAAACAAGAAUCUUUGAAACAUUUUCAGAGGCAAGUCAAACGCCGGGUAAAUCAGCAAGUUAAGCUGCGGAAAAAGCACCAGCUUCAGAAGUCUUACAAAGCAGCAGAAAAGGAAGGCUCUAUAGCCAUGCGAUGUUCAGAUUCAGCACAUUUAACUCCUAAAAGGACAAGUGUUUUCCCCAGCAAUUUGAACACUGCUGUUGGAAGUUGUAGGUUACCCGCUUCCCAGGUGCUUGGGGAUGCAACAGAAGACGGAGAGAAUCAGAAUCAGUUGUUUCAACAACAAGCUCAAGCUCUUAGUCAGACUAUGAAACAGGCACGUCACCAGCUGGCAUCCUUUAAAACUGUGAGUGAAAAAAAGACUUCAGUGUUUCUAAAUGGUAGAAGGAAAAGCUCUCCUACCCAAGAGAAAGCACUUCUUAGGAAACCAGCAUGCAUCAAGAUAAAUAAAGAAACAAGAGAAGAACCGCCCGGUAAGAUCCAUGAAGGCCCUUUAACUACAAUGCAUUACCACAACUUUAUGGAAAAUCAGGACCUUGGCUGUGGGGAACUUUCAUCUGUUGCAACAGAUGAGGAGAGAGAAGAUUUGUUUGUAGGUUACCAGCAGGAUCUUCUUUCUGAAAACAAAGAAAAGACUCUCAGCAAAGUUCAGAAAGUAAAAUUCAAAAAUCCAUUAUUUGUUGUGAUAAAGGAAGAUGAACAAAAGCAAUUACAUCUUCACAGCCUUCAGGCUGUUCUUCCAGAAGCCCAGGAUUAUCUUGUAGAAGUUCAAGACAAUUGUCCAGGAUCCCAGAGUGAUGUGAUUGAUGUCCUUAAUGUUGAGCCCAAAGCUUUAAGUGUUGAGCCUGAAGUUCCAGGCACUGAGCCAAACACCCAGGCCACUAGAACCGAGUUGAAGACCACCCAGCCAGAAAGCCAGGCUCUCAGGACAGAACCUGGGGACAUUCUUGAAGCCCAGACUGUUGAGCUAGAUGGGAAUAUUGAGUUGGAAGCACAGGAUUUUCUACCGCCAAAUCAGGCCUUUCUAUCCAAAGACCAGGAUUUUCUGCCCAAAUGUCAAGACCAGGACUCUUUAUACAAAGACCACCAUGAUCUCCCUAAAUACUGGAAUGUUCUACCUAAAUGUCAGAACCAGCAUUUUCUACCAGUAGACCAGGAAUUUCUACCUAGAAACCAGCUUGGUUUACCUGAAGAACAGAGUCAUCCACUCAAAUAUCAGAACCAGGAUCUCCCACCUAAAGAACAGAGUUUCCUGCCCAGACACCAGUAUAUUUUACCUAUAUAUCAGGACAGAAGAGGUCUGCAUGUUCUCCCUAAAUGUCAGGACCAUGAUGUUCUUUCCCAAGACCAUAAUAAUCUGCACAAAUGCCAGGAGCAGGAUCUUCCACUUCAAAACCAGGACAUGUUUCUCAAGCACCCCUCAACUUUGAUGAAAGAAGAGAGAGAGGAUGAGGAGUUACCUCUGGAGUGUCAUCAGUAUGCUCCACCUCAGAUCCAGGACCAAGUCUUCCUUAGAGAACAGUACAGGAGCUAUGAGCAGGCAUCAUGUGAUAUGACAGAUAAAAGAUGGAGAAAGGAGUUAUAUCCAGAGUGCUACGGAUGUGGUUUACAUGAAAUCCAGGAUUCAGGCUCUGCCGGCAAGCAGAGCUUACAUUUUAGGCAGCAGCCAUCUGUUAAUACAUCUGAAAAGUGGCAAGAGGAUUUACAUCUUGGUGGUCAUGAACAUCUUCUACCCAGAUACCAGAGAGACACAUGCAGCAGGCGACAGCAGGUGUUUGAGGAGUAUCGAUCAGGACUGAGCACUGAAUACCACGCUCUACUGGCAUUUCAGUCUGGAGUGGAUCAAGAAGAAGACAAGAAAGAGCGUCAAAAGCAAUACCUGAGACACAGGAGGCUUUUCAUGGAUAUUGAGAGAGAACAAGUGAAAGAACAAAACAGACAAAGGGAACAAAAGAAAAGAGUUGAAAAAAUUAAGAAAAGGAAAGAACAGCAGCGCUAUGCUGAAGAGCAGAAACUCCUAAGAAUGCACUGUCGUGAAGAACCUUAUUCAGAAGAGAAGAUAACUGAUGUUUUAGCCCAGUUACAACUUGAAGAAAUAAAAGGAGCCAGAGAAAAACAGCACCGGAGAGAAAAAGAAUAUGUAAGAUAUGUAGAAGCUUUACGAGCCCAGGUCCAGGAGAAAAUGAAGCUUUAUAAUAUCACUUUACCUCCAUUAUGCUGUUGUGGGCCUGAUUUCUGGGAUGCUCAUCCUGAUACCUGUGCCAACAAUUGUAUUUUCUAUAAAAACUACAGAGCAUAUAACCGGGCAUUACAUUCAGUCAUCAAUUCUUCUGAUAUCUCCGAGGGGAAUGCAACUCUUCGAAACGCCAUUCGUAAUUUUGCUUCUGUACAUAGACGGACUUCCAAAAAAAGUCUCCAAUGAGAGUCUGAAAUCAGUGCCAAUGACUGCUAAAGAAUGUCAACAGAAUGCUAUGUCACAGAGAAAACCACAAGACAACCUGAAGCUGUUGGGACACAACAGUGUCCUAGCCUCCCAGUGCAUACAUUGAACUACAGCCCUUCCAAAAGGCAUCUUCCCCAUGCCAAGCAAGGAGCAUCAAGAGUUUGUUUUUGUUUAUUUUACAAAUUACAGAUAUGUACAGUUUUCAACUCAGGGUUUUCAGCCAAUAACGAUGCUAAUAUCACCUCACAAACUGAAAACAAAAUGCCAAAAACAUCUUUAAAUGCCCUAUCAUACCAAAGCAAAUUGCAGAGUAAGGAGAACACAAGAGUACCUUUUCAUUUUAAAAUGUUUGGAAACAUGUACAACUUUGUACAGUUACAGGAGCUCCAGAUACAUGUGUCCACUUCAAGUGAACCAGAGGCUUUGAGAAGCUGUGGGGUGAUUAAACCCAAUGAGGAGAGUAGACAGAGCCCAAAUACGAUGUGUGGGUCGUAGUACUCCCUCUCCGUGGCCUUUGCAAGGAGACCCAUAAACACUUUUAGCUGAGAACGGUGGUACAUGCCUGUAAUCCCAGUACUGUGGGGAGGCUGAGGCAGGGCGAUCAGGAGUUUGAGGCCAACUGGCCUACAUGAAACUGUCUCAAAAAAAAGCCAAAUAAAAGAGUUGUUUUUCCUCCUUCCUCCUGCUGCUGCUCCUCAUCUUCCACCUUCUUGUGAAAAAAUUCAGUGACGCCCUUUUUCCCAUGAGACUUUCUUUCCCUUUGACUUGUACUUACGACAUCCUUCUCAUAUUUGUCCCUCUGCUUCACCACCUUCCUGAUGCUCUGCAGCUUUUCUCUGCUACUUAAGCUGUUCAACAUCUCACUCAACUGUUACUUUGUUUUGUUUUUUAUCAACAUCUACAAUGGAGAUUCCAGGAUUUUUAGAUUUGAUCUUGGAUCAGAAUUCUGAACAAAACAAGAAGAAUGCAGACAGUGGUCCGUGGACAGCAGUAGUGCCCUUUUCUUCAGGCCUCCUGCAAGCUGGUCCACAGUCCUUCAUUUCCCAAAUGUAGCAUGUUUUGUCCAACUUUGCCAUUUUAUCAGUUUUAAAUUUCCCUGCCCAGCAUUGUCUCCAUUUCUCAGAGUACUUAGGAAAUCUUUCAAUAUUGAGAAGGACAUCUGGCUUUUCUUCUGUGCUCUUCUCUGCCUGGCUACACAAGAGGGCAUAAGCAGGCAUAAGUCCUUUGGUCUCUUGGGGUCACCUUUAGCCAUCCUGAUAUAUUGCUCUCUAGGAAGGACAGAGCACAAUGCAAGGCUUCCUGGUCUCACACUAACUGCCUCUAUGACAGCCAACUCUACAUGAUGGUUACUAAUUAAAAAUGUUAACAGUAAAAUACAAGGGAUCCAUAAUGACAGUCACUCUAGAGUCUUCCCACUCCAAAAAUCCCUUUCCAACCCUAGGUAACUAUUAAUCUAUUCUAUCUGUAAAUUAGCCUGUCACUUCUCUUAUACAUGGAAUAUACAAUAUGAACUCUUUCAUGACUGAACCUUUUCAGCUAGCUUGAUGGCAAGACUCAUCUGAGUUGUUAGCUUCAUUAACGCUUUGCUACUUUUCAUUGUUGAAUAGUAUUGAUAAUAAUAGUAAUAAUAAAACCAUAUUUAUUCAUUCAUCAA